GAGUCUUCUUGACCUCCUCCUACCCCGUAGGCCGUAGCCUCCAUCUCCCCUCUCUCGGUCAGAUCAAAUCGAGCCUGCCCAUCUCCACUCCAUUUUAACCUUCCCCCCGAGACCGCCGCCGCCGCGACCUGAGAGCACACGCACGCAGGCACCAUGUGGCGCCGCCUCCAAACCCUAGCCCCCGCCCUCCGCCGCGCGGCCGUCGCAGCCGGCACGGGCCCCACCCCCGCCACCGCCCGCGCCGCGCCGCUCUCCACGGCCGCCGCCGCCUUCCGCCGCACCGCGCCCCUCUUCUCCGCGGACAAGCCGGCGACGCCGACCGUGGAGGACAUCAUGCCUAUAGCCACAGGGCUUGAGCGCGAGGAGCUCGAGGGAGAGCUUCAGGGGAAGAAGCGCUUUGACAUGGAUGCUCCUGUCGGCCCCUUCGGUACCAAGGAGGCACCAGCUGUCAUUGAGUCCUACUAUAACAAGAGAAUAGUUGGUUGCCCUGGUGGUGAAGGAGAGGAUGAGCAUGAUGUUGUAUGGUUCUGGUUGAAAAAAGAUGAGCCACAUGAGUGCCCAGUCUGCUCACAAUACUUUACGCUUAAGGUUAUCGGUGACCUUGGAGAUCCGGAUGGGCAUGACGAUGAUGAUGACGGUCAUCACCACUAAGGAUGCCUUGUGGUUCUGCAAAUAAGAAUUUGACGAGGCAUAUGAUUUCAUUUACACUUUCUACCACCAGACUGCUCCAUGGCAUCCUUGCUUAUGAAUAUAUACAUUUGGCCAUCAAGCAGGUGGUAGUUUUUGCCUUAGGGAUUUUGUCGAAACAAACUUUUUAAGAUUUGACCAGUGCAUUUCUUAUGGAGCAUCAUCGAAUAAAAGAUGACUGCAGAGAUGUUUCCUUUUGCUACCAGCCAUCGGUUGUGAUGGACCUGAUCUAUUCAAUCAUGCAAGCAUUUAUGUUUUUGCUGUGUAGUGUGAUGCGUAGUUUGCAAACUUCUUGCUAAA